GGUUGUUUUGUUGUCUUCCGCCUGCUGUCCUCAAAACCGGCUAAAAUAGGAAGCCGAGUGCACGACUGCAAGCGAUCGAGGCCAGGAGGAGAGACGAAGAAGAGGAGAUCGAUUCGAUCCGACCUCUCACCAUGGCGUCGCAGAGAGAUCGUGAAAACCACGUCUACGUCGCUAAGCUAGCAGAGCAGGCGGAGCGCUACGACGAGAUGGUGGACGCCAUGAAGAAGGUGGCGAACCUAGACGUCGAGCUCACUGUGGAGGAGCGGAACCUGCUGUCGGUGGGGUAUAAGAACGUGAUCGGGGCUGGGAGGGCCUCGUGGAGGAUCCUCUCUUCGAUCGAGCAGAAGGAGGAGGCCAAGGGGAACGAACAGCACGUCAAGAAGAUAAAAGAGUACAAGCAGAAGGUGGAGGCGGAGCUCUCUGGCAUCUGCAGCGACAUCAUGACGUUGAUCGAUGAGCAUCUCAUCCCGUCCUCUGUCGCCGGGGAGUCGUCAGUCUUUUACUAUAAGAUGAAGGGAGAUUACUAUCGUUACCUUGCAGAGUUCAAGACUUGCAACGAGAAAAAGGAGGCUGCAGAUUACUCUUUGAAAGCAUAUGAGGCAGCUACCAGUACAGCUGAGGCAGAUCUGUCUCCUACACACCCAAUUAGGCUGGGUUUGGCAUUGAACUUCUCUGUCUUCUAUUACGAGAUUAUGAACUCACCUGAGAGGGCUUGUCACCUUGCCAAGCAAGCUUUUGAUGAAGCAAUUUCUGAGCUUGAUACAUUGAGUGAGGAAUCUUAUAAAGACAGCACAUUGAUUAUGCAACUUUUGAGGGAUAACCUCACAUUGUGGACCUCUGACAUCCCCGAGGAUGGAGAGGAUACUACAAAAAUUGGCACGGGUGAAGAUGCACAGUGAGUUCUACCAGCUGAAAGCUAGGACAGCAAGGAUAAGGUUGCUAUGGGAACAUACAUUCUGGCCUAUAUGGGCUGGUUGCAGCUAAUUUUAAAGUCUAGCUUGCAUUCUUAUGCCUGUAGUGGAUUUUUGUGUCACUGUUGGUAUGUCCCAAUGGGAUGGCUUGAAUUCAACUAAAUCUGCAGCUUAUUACUUCACUGUCAUGUUUGUAGUACAUCUAUCAACAUCACAGUGUGGCUGUGUUUCAAGUGUUCCCUAAAUUGUUGCUAUGGAGUGAAAAGUAGAUCCUUUUCUU